GCUCCAGACGCAUCUAGACUGCACUCUCGGAAAUCAAAACAAAUCUUCGAAAACAACAGCAAUGGCGGAAUCGGUCAAGGCAUUCGGUUGGGCGGCCAGAGACGUCUCCGGAACGCUCUCUCCUUUCGACUUUUCGAGGCGCGCGACCGGCGAGAAGGACGUGCAGUUCAAGGUACUGUACUGCGGGAUCUGCCAUACAGAUCUGCACAACGUCAGAAACGAUUGGGGAAUGUCACAGUACCCGUUCGUCCCCGGCCACGAGGUCGUCGGCGUCGUGACGGAAGUCGGAUCGAAGGUCCAGAAGUUCAAGGUCGGCGACAAGGUCGGCGUAGGGUGUAUGGUAAAUUCCUGCCGGAAUUGCGACUCCUGCGCCAAGGAUCUCGAGAACUACUGCCCCAAAAUGGUGCUCACGUACGGCUCCGUCCUGCCGGACGGCGGCGUCACUCACGGCGGUUAUUCCGACAUCAUGGUGGCGGAUGAGGAUUUCAUUAUCCGGUGGCCGGAGAAUUUUCCGAUGGACAAAGGCGCUCCCCUGCUCUGCGCCGGAAUCACAACCUACAGCCCGCUGAGACACUACGGGCUCGAUAAGCCCGGCCUGCACAUCGGCGUGGUCGGGCUUGGCGGGCUGGGCCACGUGGCGGUUAAAUUCGCGAAGGCGUUUGGGGCGAAGGUAACCGUCAUUAGCACUUCUGUAGGGAAGAAGAAGGAGGCGCUGGAAUCGCUCGGCGCCGACUCCUUUUUGGUGAGCCGCGAGCCGGCGGAGCUGCAGGCGGCGGCGGGGACGCUGGACGGUAUUAUUGACACAGUUUCGGCGGCUCACCCGGUCCCGCCGCUGCUGAGCUUGCUGAAGACGGACGGGCAGAUGGUGUUGGUCGGCGCGCCGAGCAAGCCGCUGGAGAUUCCUGUUUUCUCGCUGAUCAUGGGGCGGCGGAAGAUGGGCGGCAGUAUGAUCGGCGGAAUCAAGGAGACGCAGGAGAUGAUCGAUUUCGCGGCGAAGCACAACGUUUUGCCGGACGUGGAGAUGAUAUCGAUGGAUUACGUAAACACGGCGAUGGAGCGCCUGGAGAAAGGCGAUGUGAAGUACCGGUUUGUGAUCGACAUUCAGAAUACUCUGAAACGCAGUGAGUGAGUGGAGACGACGAUGGUGGAGACGAUGAAUAUGGGGGGGUAUUUUGGACCUUUUGCUCUAUGGAUUUGUGUCUUCUUUACUAUUAAUAUAGUACAAUAAUAAUUAGUAUUAUAUUAUUAUUAUUAUUAUUAUUGGUUUUGUUGGUUGUUUGUGGGUGUGGUUGAGCAGUAUAAUUAAAAUAGUACUCUCCCCGAGUC